AUGACCAUCAUCAUAUAUAUUGAUACUGCUGCGCCUGCUGCUGCUGCAGUUGCACUUGUUGCUGCUGCUAGGGCUGCUGCUGCGGAUGCAGUGAAGUUCACGCUGCAGCUGCGAGGCCGAGAGAAGCUGAACCCGCAGCAGCACUUGCUGCUGCUGCAGCAGCUGCAGCAGCUGCUGCAGGAUGUAGGGCAGCCAGCAGCACCGCCACAAGCGAAGGGCCCCUCAUCUGUUCUUACACUUUUCCUUCAACCCAAAAGAAAGCAAAACAAAACACAGCAGCAGCAGCAGCAGCAGCAGCAGCAGCAACAGCAGCAGCAGAAGCAAGAAGAACUGCAGCAGCAGGAAGAACAGGAGCAGCAGCCGCAGCAGCAGCAACAGCAGCAGCAACUACAGCAGCAUGAGUCGCGAGAUACAGCCAUAUAG